AUGGCUCAACGCAGCGCUACUCUAUUAGCUUCAAAUGAAGCAGACGUUCAGCUUGCUAUCUUCUCUAUCAGUUCCCAUCAAAUACAGAGCAAUCGCAGGGCUGCUACUAUCUUUAGCGUGUCUGAACGAACAAUCCGCCGCCGACGCGCUGGUAUACCUGCCCAACACGAUUGCCAGCCCAACUCGAAGAAGCUCACUGAGUCAGAGGAGCAG